AGGCGACGACUGGCCCUCUCUCUCUCUCUCUCUCUGCGGUCGCUGCACUCAGCUCAGCACAUCACUCGAUUGAAGACUCGAAGUGCUCAGAUUCUCAGAUCAGAUCUUCGACUCACACAGCAGAUCUUCAUCUUCUUCAUCCUUCAGUCGACAAUCUGAGGCACAUCAGGCAUGAACAGAGUGAAAAGAGUGAAAUUCAUAGAUACUGAAGUUGAUCAUAUUCUUAGUUCUAGUCCCGAUGCUUCUUCCAUACGAUAUGCAACAGCUCAGGUUCCAAGAUCUGAUGCCCCUAAAACUUCAGAAUAUGCAUUCUUCUCAAAAUUAAGGAAGAGCGCGGGUGGUAGUCAUUCUCAUCCAUUGGGUAAUGAGGACAACCAAUUGAAGAGUGGCAAACCAAGUGACUGUAAUGGAGCAAUAUCCAACAAGUUUAAACACAGCUCCAAGGACCUCAGGUCCUCGUUUCUAGCUGAAAAAGCAAGACCCACCAACGAAGACUCCUUCCUUGCAUGUCUUAAUGGUGAAUCAAAGAAAGCAACUGAUAUAGCUGACAAGGUCAAGCGUAGCUUCAAGGACUUCAGUUCCCCAUUGCUCACAGAAAAUGUCACACCCAUUAAUCACAAUUUGUUCCCCUCAGCACAUGGUGGUGCAUUGAAGAACGCAGGCAACUGGUCUGAGAAAGGAGUCUUUUUUGCAAAGAGGCAGAAGUUACGUCAGGGGGUUUCUGAUACCUCCUUGCCUGAGGUUGACGAACUCUGUUCUAAGGGGUUAGAUUUGGUUUCUGUGCUCCUUAGUCGACUGCUCCCUGAGGGCAAUGAAAACAAUUAUUGCAGGAAUCCAAAGUCAAAGCAAGAGGACAGUGAUACCACAAAUCAGAUAGAUAAUUUGUAUGAGUCGGACAAUCUAAUAUUGGUCCGACAUAGCCAGAGAGAGUGUCCUCACAGAAUUGGAUGGGUAGAUUCAGACUCUCCCUCAGCCAGCUAUGGCAAAAUUCAUUUUCCAUACGAAGAGAGGAAUUAUGAUCGUGAUUUAGAUGGCAGGAGAACUUCUACUUUGUGCAAAAAUAGAGAUUCAUCUUUUUGCUUAUCAUUUGGAAAUUAUGGAUCUCAUGAAUUGAGUCAUCCCAAAGUGAUGAAUGAAUUCCGUGAGUUGAAUGGUGCUGCACUUGAAAGAGAUCCACAUACUCUUUUUCUGGGUUGGGACUUUGAAAAGGAGAAGAAUGAAAGAGAGUUAUCCCUUGCCUAUCACAAUAGAGAAAUAAACUUGUAUUCCACAUUGCUGGCUUCAUGGGAUGAUGACCACCAGGAGAAUCUGUUUGACAGACUUGAUGCAAGUCCACCGUGUUCGGCAUCCUUAUUUUCCAAAUAUCCUAUGAACUUUUCUUCAUUGCCACAUCUCUAUUCAGUCAGGUUUCCCCGUCAGGAGUUUAGAAGCCAACAUGAAGACCAGAAGCAUGUAUUUGUAGAAAUGGAUCAGUUCCCGUUAACCAUAUCAUGUAACCCACCAUAUCCUAAGCUGGUGGAAGAUUGCAAUGCUAACAAUAUAUUUGAGAGUAAGAGCAUUAUCCUCUCGCCUCAAAAUCACUCAUUGUUUCCAAGCAAUUUUUACAGUGAAAAGUAUUAUCCUGGUUUGGAAGCCAUCCUGCUUCCCUCCGGAAUGGAUAUUGAUUUCCGAUGGAGAUGCUUAUCCAUGACUGAGUCUCCUACAAAUCAUCAUUCAUCAACUUAUGGUGCUUCAUUUCCACAAAGGGCAGGCAUAAGCAUGAAUUCACAGCUUCUUGCCGAGGAGAAAAAAGAAAGUAGCCUGCAUAGCUUGAAUCCCAGUAAAACCACUACUCAUUUCUUGGAAG